UCUUGCCCAGCGAAGCAGGCGGUACACGGUCUAUUUCCCGUGCGUGUAGUGUCGCUGAAGCGGUGGGGGGUACUGUUAUUCCUAUUGCUCUCAGUCUACAACACCGUCGUGCCCAAGUCGAGCCGACCGGAGUCGGGCGCGUUGGCUUGGCCAUGGACGAGCAGGCGGGCCCCGGUGUGUUUUUCAACAAUAACAGCAACUCGGGUUUGCCAGGCGCUAGCAAAGUGUCCCAGCCAGGCGACGCUGGUGGCGGACAGGCGGCGAGAGCCCAGUACAGUAUUCCGGGGAUUUUACACUUUCUACAACACGAGUGGGCCCGUUUCGAGGUGGAGAGGACGCAAUGGGAGGUGGAGCGAGCCGAGCUUCAGGCACAGAUAGCCUUCCUCCAGGGGGAGAGGCGGGGCCAGGAAAACCUGAAGAAAGACCUGGUGAGGAGGAUCAAGAUGCUGGAGUAUGCGCUUAAACAGGAGAGGGCAAAAUACCAUAAGCUAAAAUAUGGAACAGAGCUGAACCAGGGAGAUAUGAAGCCUCCUAGUUAUGACUCUGAUGAAGGGAACAGCAGUGAGGUACCAAGCCCCUCCAACAGCAGCCAUCAGCUGAGCUGGAAACAGGGUCGUCAGCUCCUCCGACAGUACCUCCAGGAGGUUGGCUACACUGACACGAUUUUGGAUGUGAAGUCACAGAGGGUGCGGGCACUGUUAGGCCUUGCUGGAGAUUCGGGAGAGAAACCUUCAGACAAGAAAGCCGAGCCAAUGGUGAACGGCACAGAGCCAUCCUCACUGAAAGACAGCGGCAUGAUCAGUAAACCUGACAUAUCCGAAUCAACCGCUGUCUUGGAGGCCUUUAAGUUCAUCGAGAGUGCUGCGGCAGAGUUUAGUGAUGAAGAUGAGGAAGAGGACAGUGACACAAAGGACAAGACCAUCCUGGACCUGGCUACGAUGGUAAGGAAGAAGCAGUCAUCUACCCCGUCUUCUACGACCUCUGACCUCAGCGAUGACCCCGACACAGAGGAGGCCCUGAAGGGUUUUGACUUCCUGGCCAGUCCUGACGAGCUUGACGGCUCGCCAGACCCGAGGAGUGGCGAGGACAGCGGGGAGUGGGAGCGGCCUCCUGUGGGCGGGGCCUGGGAUGUGGACCAGGGCCUCAUAGCUCAACUCAAGGAGCAGUACAAGAAAGAACGCAAAGGGAAGAAGGGGGUGAAGAGACCGAACCGUUCUAAGCUCCAGGACAUGCUGGCAAACCUGCGGGACGUGGAGGAUCUCCCGUCCAUGCAGCCUUCUGUGACGGCCCCCUCCCGACCCAGUGCUCCCAGAAUCAGUGAGCAUGAAGCUGGACGCCCAGAGGAAGAGGCCAUGACGUUUUUACCGUCGUCAGGGAAGUCCUUCAUCUUGGGCAGAGUUGAUGAGGCAGUGUCCAGCGAGCUCGGCCUAGGAGAGCUGGCUAGUCUGACUGUGGCCAAUGAGGCCGACAGCCUUGGGUAUGAUAUUUCCAACAACAAAGACACACUGAGGAAGACAUGGAACCCCAAGUUCACGCUGCGUAGCCACUUUGACUCGGUUCGCAGCCUGACCUUUCACCCCAUAGAGCCGGUCCUGGUUACUGCCUCCGAGGACCACACUCUCAAGCUGUGGAACCUCCAGAAGACUGCCCCCGCCAAGAAGUGUGCUGCUCUUGACGUGGAACCAAUCUAUACCUUCAGAGCCCAUUGUGGUGCAGUGUUGUGCGUAACAAUGAGCUCUACCGGCGAGCAGUGCUUCAGCGGGGGGAUGGACGGUACUAUCCAGAGCUGGAACACCCCCAAUCCCAACAUCGACCCCUAUGACUCAUAUGAGCCCUCUGUCCUGCGGGGGUCACUGGGUGGCCACACAGACUCUGUGUGGGGUCUGGCAUACAGCUCCCCGCACCACCGCCUCCUCUCCUGCUCGGCAGAUGGAACGGUCCGCCUCUGGAACGCCGCUGACAUCACGCCGGCUCUGGCCAUUUUUAAUGAGAAAGGAGAGCUUGGUGUGCCAACCUCAGUGGACCUAGUGUCCAGUGAGACCUCCCACAUGGUGACAUCAUUCAGAACUGGCCACAUUGGACUCUACAACAUGGAGACCCAGCAGCUUGUCCUCAAGCUUGAGUCAGCUGGCUCACCAGAGGCCCCAUGCAAGAUCAACAAAGUGCUGAGCCACCCCACCCUGCCAAUCACCAUCACCGCCCAGGAAGACCGACAUAUCCAGUUCUUCGACAAUAACACAGGUAAAUUGAUCCACUCCAUGGUUGCCCAUCUGGACGCGGUCACAAGUUUAGCUGUGGAUCCCAAUGGGCUGUACCUCAUGUCUGGAAGCCAUGACUGCUCGAUCCGCCUCUGGAACAUGGAGAGUAAGACGUGCAUCCAGGAGUUCACGGCACACCGCAAGAAGUUCGACGAGUCAAUCCACGACGUGGCGUUCCACCCCACCAAGUGUUACAUCGGCAGCGCUGGGGCCGACGCGCUCGCCAAAGUCUUUGUAUGAUGCAAUGACCCACACAGAACCAAGGACCAAGAAUUCAGAUUCAGAGGAGAGGCCCGCAUGGGAGAGAGGACAGGUGGAAAAGUUUUGUCACCUUGUUGGCUUUGGGGUCUGGACAUUAAGGAGAAGAAAAAAAAGCAGAAACAGGAAAUAAAAGGAAAGAUAAGUCGGAGAACGGAUUGACUCGGGGGUGAAAUUGGGCUGACCCGGGCUGGCCUGGGAGUUCAAACCAACCCCACGGAUGGGAUGGAGAACAGUCAGGAGCCCCUCAUUGUACUUGGCCAAUUACCUUAUUUUCCGAGCCGUCCCUGUUGCUGCUCCACCCCCUCUUGCUGAUCCGGGGAGGGCUGCAGACUACCACGUACCUCCUCCGAUACAUGUGGCGUCGCCAGCCGCUUCUUUUCACCUGACAGUGAGGAGUUUCGCCAGGGGGACGUACCAUGUGGGAGGAUCACACUAUUCCCCCCAGUUCCCCCUCCCCCAAACAGGCGCCCCGACCGACCAGAGGAGGCGCUAGUGCAGCGACCAGGACACAUACCCUCAUCUGCCUUCCCACCCGCAGACACAGGCAAUUGUGUCUGUCGGGACGCCCGACCAAGCCGGAUUCCCGUAUGAUUUUUUACCCCCGAAGAUUCGUCCUCGCCUUCUAAAACAGGCGAUAUGACACCGGCCUCCAAAAAAGUGAAGUGGCACAAGAACAUGCAGAUGGUAAAGGCGUGGGUGAGAACAAGAAUGAUUUGAUUGGUUUGUUACCUAUCCAACAUAAAACAGGCAACCUCGGCAUCGCUUCCGAAUCCUUUGUCUGUUUUUAGACCUCCAUCUUGAAGAGGCCACAUCAAUAUUCACCUUCGUUUUCUGCCUUCGUUGGUUUUGAAGUUUCCUCCUUUGGUCUUUUUUCUUCUUUUUAGGCCUAAUAUUUUCAGACUCUCACGUCGUCUGCCGAUCACUGUAUAACUAGCCACUCACUGUACCGAGCAGACAAGGGACUUCCUGAAACAGCGGUAGCUUUAGCCAAUCAUUGCAAAGCUCUUUUUGACUUCUACGGAGAGUAAGCACUUCUGGUCACAUGGUCUGAACAUUGCCGCCUUCGUGACAGGGGGACCUGCGCAAUGUUGAAUAAAAUAGCUUAUU